AUGACGACUUUACCCGAGUUCCGGCUUAGAUCCAUCCAUAUCCAUAAUCAUUUCGUUUAUCUCAAAACCUCAUCGGCAGACCUCAUCUCUCAUUGGCCGCAUCUUUCAAGAUUCUCCACGUUCGGCUCGCCUCUUCCCAGGUCACCCACAGCCAACGGCCCGUCCGCUCAUCCACAACACCAUCACAAGCAUCAACUCCUGUUCCCAGCCGCAGCAGCAGCAGCAGCAUAG